GCCAGCGUCGUCGUCCAUUCGUCGUCGGAUAUCGUGCACAAGGUACAUACGUGCUGUUUUGCGAGUCCUGUCGCGCGCGCGAAGUGUCCGUGCGAGGUAACUCGAGCUUCCUUCGACGAUUGUAAGAGCAGUCGUUUUUUCUCUUUCCACGAGUCAGCUUCUACAAAAUUAUAAGCUCCUGAAAUCGACCAUUUAUAAUUUGUCUCAUCAUUUCGAAAGAGAGAGUUAGAAGGAGAGAGAGAGAUAGAGAUAGAGAGACAGAGAGAGAGAGAGAGAGAGAGAAAGAGAGAGAAAGAGAGAGAGAGAGAGAGAGAGAGAGAGAGAGAGAGAGAGAGAGAGAGAAAGAGAAAUAGAGCGAGAAAAAAGAAGAGAGAUUAGAAAAAUAGAGACAUAUUUUAAAAUUCGAAAAUUCGUCAAUCUAAUCAAUCUUUUCACAUGUGUUCCUUCUAAUCAUCAGUGAGGAGAUCCUUAAAUACUUUUCUCCUGUCUUGUCUAACCACGACGAGUGCAGUCAAAGCGCGUGUUACAGUUCUGAGGAGAAUUUAACGUGGAGCAUGGUGGAUCAACAGGAGGAGACAUCAAAAAUAGUGGAUCUUAAUGUGGGUGGUGUAUCUUAUACGACCACCCUGGAAACUUUAACAAAAGAAAGUAAUUCUCAUUUGGGUGUACUCUUCACCGACGGACACUUUCUAGUUCAAAAGGAUUCUACUGGCAAAUAUUUUCUUGAUCGUGACGGUACUCUAUUUCGUUAUAUCCUUGAUUAUCUUCGUGAUCAGCGUGUCGUAUUACCUGAGGGAUUAAAAGAACGAGAGAGACUUAAACAAGAAGCGAAUUAUUACGGUUUACCUAAUUUGGAACGAGCCAUUGAUGAGAAGAGCGAAGAGGGUGCAGGAUCAUCGACCUGGAGGAAACGAGCACCUGGAUAUAUAACCAUUGGUUAUCGAGGAAGUUUUGCUUUUGGCCGAGAAGGUUUAACCGAUGUUAAGUUUCGUAAAAUCUCAAGGAUCCUCGUGUGCGGUCGCGUGGCUCUUUGCAGAGAUGUCUUCGGGGAGACCUUGAACGAAAGUCGUGAUCCUAAUCACGGUAUGUCAGAUCGCUAUACUUCGAGAUUCUUCCUGAAACAUAAUUUUAUUGAACAAGCUUUCGACAUGCUUCAAGAACAAGGGUUUAAGUUAGCCGGUAGCUGUGGUUCCGGUACAGCUGGCGGUAAUUUCGAAUUACUCAAACCUGGCGUCGAUUCCGAAGAAACUCGUUGGAAUCAUUACAACGAAUUCGUCUUUGUACGCGAAUAAACGCGCAACUUUGGCUCUCCUUUCGCGUUCGAUUAUACGCGAUCGACUUGAACUUCAUUCGACAAAGAAUGAAGAAAGGAAGGAAGGAAGGAAGGAAAGAGGAUAGCUGAUGUUACCUUCCAAAGGAAUGGUGAUAUCGUGUCAGCCAAACUCCGGGACGUUCAACCUCGAUCGUACGACGUGAUAAUAUCGAUUAUUCUUCUUCGUUUUUUGCGAAGACUUCUUCCUUCAUAAACUUCAUCAUCGACGUUAGUUGAAGAGAAGAACUUUCGAGGCUGCACAGAGAAUAGGAAGUAUGCACACACUGGUAUGGCUGGUUAUACUGAUCGAUGAACUCGAAGAUGGAUGGAUUUUCUUGCCAAGAAGAUCGUACGCAGUUACCGGUAGAGAUUAUUUUGUCCUAAUCACACAGUAAUUACAAGAGAGUACAAGAUUAAAUAAUAAUAAAAAAGUAAAGAACUAAACCACAAAAAAAAAAGAAAGAAAGAAAAAAUGAGAAAGAAAGAAAGAAAGAAAAAGAAACAAAUAUAAAAACAAAAAAGAAUGCAUAGAUAUAAAUAAUAAUACUAAUACGAUCAAAGCUUGACGAUGGAGAGAGAGUAUCAACGAUAUCACUUCUUAUCGAUCUUCGUUGCUUACUCUUUUCCUGAAUCUUUCAAAAAAAAAAAAAGAUAAAUAAAUAAAGAAAUAAAUAAAAAA